CAUCUUUCAUAAAACUUGUCUCAGUGGCUUCUCUUCAGGGAUUGUUUUUUUUUUUGGUCUAUCUGUAUUUCGUGGGAUGUAAGAACAAGUUUGGUCUCUUGUUUAUCUUCGAAAUUCGAGUUCUAAGGAUGUGAUUUCUGGAUGAAGAUAAAUCGAUUUUUUCAUCUCUUCGUAUUUUGGGCUUUUGGGCGAUGAAGAGGUCGAGAGAUGAUGAAAUUUACAUGAACACUCAAAUUCGAAGGCCUGUCGUUUCGUCUCGUGAAGAAGCUCAAACAAUGGUCGGACCAGGAGGUGCCCAGAAGCUAACUACAAAUGAUGCACUUGCUUACCUCAAGGCCGUGAAGGAUAAAUUCCAUGAUAAACGCGAACAAUACGACGAGUUUCUCGAGGUCAUGAAGGAUUUUAAGGCUCAGAGAAUCGAUACCGCUGGUGUAAUAAUAAGGGUGAAGGAACUUUUCAAAGGUCAUAGAGAGCUGAUUUUAGGGUUCAAUACCUUCUUGCCAAAGGGUUAUGAGAUCACCCUCUUGCCCGAGGACGGGCAGCCUGCUCCGAAGAAACCUGUUGAGUUUGAGGAAGCGAUUAAUUUUGUCAACAAGAUUAAGACGAGGUUUCAGGGGGAUGAUCGUGUGUACAAAUCAUUUUUAGAUAUUUUGAAUAUGUACAGAAAGGAGAAUAAGUCCAUUACUGAGGUCUACCAGGAGGUGGCUACCCUUUUUCGGGAUCAUCAUGAUUUGCUAGUCGAGUUUACUCACUUUCUCCCCGAUACUUCUGCAACUGCACCAUCUCAUUCCGUUAAAAAUUCUUUGUCACGCGACGGCGGCGUGUCUGUGCAUACUAUGAUCCGCCAAAUGCCCUCUGAUAAGAAGGAAAGGAACGUUAUUACUUCACAUCCUGACCGUGACCUGAGCAUUGAGCGUCCUGACCUGGACCACGAGAAAUCUCCAAUGAAAGAAAAUGAAGAGCAAGUGAGACGUAAUGACAAAGAAAGCGAGCAGAGGGAUGUCAGAGACGGGAGAGGUAGCGAAAGAGGCGGUAGAGAUUUUGAAUAUGAUAGCCAGACACAGCAGUUUCCCGUCAGCAAAAGCAAACCACCACUUAGGGGCGAUAAUUCUGCUGAACUUUCCAAUCAAGGCAGGGAAGGUUAUAGCCAAGAACUUGGUUUUGUGGAUAGAGUGAAGGAAAAGCUACACAUUUCCGAGUACCAGGAAUUUUUAAGAUGCCUUAAUCUCUAUUCAAAAGAAAUAAUCAGCCAGCCGGAGUUGAAAUCUUUGGUGGGGGAUUUAAUUGGACGGUAUCCGGACCUCACGGAUGCUUUCAGAGAAUUUUUGGUGCAGUGUGAAAAGACUGAAGGAUUGCUCUCUAGCAUUGUUACCAGGAAAUCCAUGUGGAGUGAAGGCAGUUAUAAUCGAUCUGCUAAGGUGGAAGACAAGGACAGAGACCGAGAACGCGAAAGGGAUGAAAAGUAUAGAGAAAGAGACCGUGAGAGGGAGAGGCUUGAAAAGGCUGCAGCAAGUAACAAAUGGGCAAAACCUAUCAAUGAACUCGAUCUCUCAAACUGUGAGCAAUGCACUCCUAGUUACCGGCUACUUCCGAAGAGUUACCCGAUUCCUGUUGCAAGCUCAAGAACCGAGCUUGGUAGCCAAGUACUCAACGAUCACUGGGUUUCCGUCACUUCAGGAAGUGAAGAUUAUUCUUUUAAACACAUGCGGAAAAACCAGUACGAAGAGAGCCUCUUCCGUUGUGAGGAUGACAGGUUUGAGCUGGACAUGUUGUUGGAGUCUGUGAACUCGACAGCAAAGCGUGUGGAGGAACUAUUGGCGAAAAUUAACAGUAACGAGUUGAGAACUGACAGCCCCAUCCGUAUCGAGGAUUACCUCACAGCUCUGAACCUAAGAUGCAUCGAACGCCUAUAUGGUGACCACGGGCUCGAUGUCAUGGACGUACUGAAGAAGAAUGCGUCUCUUGCUUUGCCCGUAAUACUAACCCGUUUGAAACAGAAGCAAGAAGAUUGGGCGAGGUGUCGUUCUGAUUUUAACAAAGUCUGGGCUGAAAUAUAUGCCAAGAACUACCACAAAUCACUCGAUCAUCGUAGUUUCUAUUUCAAACAACAGGACUCGAAGAAUCUGAGCACGAAAGCACUGAUUGCGGAGAUAAAAGAGAUCACCGAGAAGAAGAGAAAGGAUGAUGAUACGUUCCUUGUUAUUGCAGCAAGAAACAGGAGAUCCAUUUCUCCCCAUCUGGAGUUUGAGUAUCGGGACCCGGGUAUUCACGAUGAUCUGUAUCAGCUAAUCAAGUAUUCGUGUGCUGAAAUGUGCACAACUGAACAGUUGGAUAAGGUGAUGAAGAUUUGGACAACCUUUGUGGAACCAAUGUUUGGUGCUCUUCGGCCUCGGGGCGAUGAAGACAGAGAAGAUGUUGCCAAGUCCAAGAACGACCAGAAUGUGAAAAGUGGUAACACAAGCGUCGGGGAGAGCGAGGGCAGUUCUCAUAGCGGUGGUGCUAAUGUUGUCAGCUCUAGACGUUCCAAUGCCGCCCGAAAAGUCAAUGGAAAUAAUGGGAUGGGACAACCUAGUAAUCCAGAGAGGGAUGUCUCUGCUCGUAAGAACUCAGAUGUUUUAUGUGAUUCCACACGGCAUGACCAAACACCGAAGCAUGCUUCCACUUCCGACGAAAGACAUGACAGCAAAGAAGCUAUGUGUAGUGAACGUAUUCACAAUUCAAAUGCAUCCCCUGGGAAUAGAUUAUCAGACCAAAACAAUGGGAGACUGAGCAUCGGAUACAUGGCAGGUCUUAGCAAUAUUAACCCCAGGCCUAGUGGUGGAGCCGGCGGCGAAAGUGAGACAGAAUUGAAGCUUAACGAUGGGAAUUCGCCGAAAACAGAGGCCGGUGUUAAGCAAGUAUUGAUAGAGACGGGGAAUCAAAGAAGCGAUGAAGGAUUGGGUGGACAGCCGAAAGUUGAAAGAGAAGAGGGUGAGCUUUCUCCUAAUGGAGAUUUCGAGGAAGACAAUUUUUCAGUUUUUGCGGGAAGUGGUGUGGAGGCAACCGACAAGGUUAAUGACAAUGGCGGAAAAGACCUAAACCGAAAGAGUAGUGGAGAAGAGGAAGCAUGUCAUGGCCAUGGGGAGACAGGUGUAGAGAAUGAAGCUGAUGAUGAUGAAAGCGCUCCAAGAUCAUCAGAGGAAAGCGGAAAUGCAUCAGAGAAUGGCGAUGUUUCUGGAACCGAGUCUGGUGAAGGUGAAGAUUGUUCUCGGGAGGAGCAAGGAGACGAUGAACUAGAGCGUGAUAACAAGGUAGAAAGCGAAGGUGACGCUAAUGCCCACGAUGUGGAGGGAAACAGGUCUGCGUUACCGUUUUCAGAACGGUUCUUACAACAUGUGAAGCCUCUCGCAAAGUAUGUCUCUCCAGGAUCGCGUGAAAAGGACAAGGAUUCUCUAAAGCACUCAUUGGCCUUUUACGGGAAUGAUUCAUUUUAUGUCCUUUUCAGGCUUCACCAGAUGUUGUAUGAGAGAAUACUUUCUGCAAAGAUCAAUUCAUCGUCCCCAGAAAGGAAGUGGAAAGGCAUGAAUGCAAAGAACAACGGCGAUCCCUACUCCAGCUUCAUGAAUGCUUUAUACAACCUGGUUGAUGGUACAUCUGAUAAUGCAAAAUUCGAAGAUGAUUGCCAUUCUAUUAUCGGGAUUCAGUCAUAUGUCCUCUUCACAUUGGACAAACUAAUUUAUAAGCUCAUUAAGCAUCUCCAAGUAGUUGCAAGCGAUGAUACGGACAACAAGCUUAUACAGCUAUGCACAUAUGAGAAGUCCAGGAACCUCGAAAGAUUUGGUGAUGUUGUUUAUUAUGAUAAUGCUCGUGUUCUCAUCCCCGAUGAGAAUAUCUACCGCUUUGAAUGCAAAUCAUCAACACCAACGAAACUCACGAUCCAGCUUAUGGACUACGGAUACGAGAAGCCCGAGGUGACAACCGUAAUCAUGGAUCCGAGUUUUGCAGCUUAUCUUCACAAUGACUUCCUGUCUGUUGGACCAAACAGAAGAGACAAGUCCGGGAUUUAUUUACAGAGGAACAAACGCAAAAAUGGAGGAGGUGAUGAGCAGCUAUACCCCAUUGAAGGAGUUAAGAUAAUCAAUGGAUUGGAAUGUAAGAUAGCCUGCAGUUCUUCCAAGGUAUCGUAUGUAUUAGACACAGAGGAUUUUUUGCAUCGUGCCAAGAAGAGGAAGAGGAAAGCUUCGGACCAGAGUGGUUCAGCCCUCAGACAAGACACCGUUCCCAUGUGUUCUUUAACUAGACACCAACAGAGGAUUCUUAGAUACCAUCAACUUCUUGCUGGCCAGUGAAAGAAAAAAUAAAAAGAAGUCAACUUCUUCAACAAAUGUGGCAAAUUCACUGGCCUACCUUCCUUUUCGAAGAGAAGGAACCGAACCGGAUGAAGGCUGCUUCUCUACGACUGCUGAUUCCUCAAUCUGGUUCUGGUCCCAUGUUGUUUGUUUGUCUGAAUGAUUAAAACAAAAUAAAAAUGAAAGGGAGAACGAGAAAAAAAGUAAAGGACCUUUUGGCAUCUCCUUUAGCUCCAAAUGUAGUUUUUUUUCUUUUCCUUUUCUUUUUAUCAGCAUUGUACAUAGGAGGGCUUCUGUAUGUUGUAACAUUUGGGACACUUCCCCUUUCUCCCCUUUGUUUGCUCUCAU